AUGAAGGUCUCCGCCGUUCUCGCCGCUAUUACCCUCUUCGCCGGUGUCUCCAUGGCAUCUCCCAAGGGAAUUGAUACGUCUGUUGACGUUGACGAAGGUGUCGCCGGUGGCCUCGAGUCGCGCGGCACCUGCUGCACCUGCCCUGAUGGUCGCAAGGGAUGUGGUGGAUUCUGCUACUCCAACUGCCCUCAGUGCAUCUGGAAGAGCUGCUAG